CCCGAGGACCAGCGGGAAUUGGUAAAGGGCUUUGGGCACCGUGUGAUGUAGAAUCUACAUUGUAGAUAUAAAGUGCUGUCCAUUUAAGAGGCUGGUCUUUUAGGGUCAAGCGGGAGAAAAGAAUGAAAUGGUACCAAAACGAGCUUCUGCCAUUCCAGUCCAGCCCCGGGCCCAGCCAUCCAUUCUCAUUGUCCUGUUGUCCCCAUCCUGUUUGGGAUGGCUGCGUCUUCUUGCAAGGAGCCUGGAUGGAUCCCUUGCGUCGGAGCCUCCGCCAUCCCCGUCAUGAUGGCACGUGGAGACAGACAGACAGACAGACAGACAGUCUGACAAUCAUUGAGUGGGAAGCGGGAAGCGCAGCCAGCCGCACUGCAUGCCCGGCCGGACGGACCAAAGUCAAGCAUUUGUAGCUACCAUGCACGUCAGCCCCAUUGCAGUAUUGCGCUAAAAAAGGAAGGCUUUAAAUCGAGUCAGUACGUGUUGGAGAGUGCAAUCCGAGUUCAUUCAUUUCCAAAGAAUAGCCCGGCCAUAAGAUAGGCUAUUAUUUGUGAAAUGAGUGUUAAUGGAGCAAGUCAACAGCAAGAAGAGGGGGUGCCAUAGACAAUUAACGGAAUAAUAGGCCUAUUCAUGAUCACAGCCAUGGAAAGCUCCGUCCCGCCGUCGGUCCGUCCGCCCGUCCGUCCGUCGGUCCCUCCCAUCACGCUGGCAGGCAGGCAGGAUUUGGGAGAUGAUCGAGUACGUUCAUUUGAGUUGCACGUUUGGCCAACAAGUUCAAACGGAAGAGGACGCUGCUGCUGCCGCUGCUGCUGCCGCUGCUGCUGCCGCUGCUGCCGCCGCCGCUGCCGCUGCCACCGCCGCCGCUGCCGCCGCCGCUGCUGCUCCUGCUCCUGCUCCUGCUCCUGCUGCUCAGCUCAGCUAUUUUUGUUCUGGCCCACUCCUCACGAUCAAUUUGAUGUGACACGUUGACAUCCGGACGGAAGGUCAGCGCAGUGGGAAUAUGAGAGCCGCCUAGUUUGUGCUGCAUGUCAACAGGUGGCCAGCCUCUCCACAUCAUGCAGCAGCAAGAGCAAGCACAUCCUUUGGACCUCGGGGCACUUUACUGUCCUCGGAAAGUUCAGGGGACGCAUCGCUAUCGCAGUUUUAUGAUCGAAGAGAUCCUCACUGAUCAUCCCGAACGCAAAGUUGCGGCGCCGACGAGAGAGCUUCUCAAAUUCGGAGUACACGCGCUCCUCUCCACUCGUGCGUUCCGUCACCAAAUGGCGUUAAAGGCUGACCGGACUAACGUGGUGAAGUUCCCCUUGGCCCCGCUGCCGUGCCCGCUCCUAUCGGCUGCGGCUGCUGCUGCGGCUGCGGCAGACCUGCACGUCGGCGUGCCUUCACGCCAUUUGACUCUUGAGCCUCACCUCCGGGCAAAAUUGGACCACGAAUCCGACGGAGCCAGCAAAAGCAAGAAGGGCCGCCGAAGCCGAACCGUGUUCACGGAACUACAGUUGAUGGGUCUAGAAAAACGCUUCGAGAAGCAGAAAUAUCUUUCUACUCCUGACAGAUUAGACCUCGCCGAGUCGCUGGGUCUCAGUCAACUCCAAGUCAAAACAUGGUACCAGAACAGAAGGAUGAAAUGGAAGAAAAUUGUGCUGCAGGGGGGGGGUCUGGAGUCACCCACCAAACCAAAAGGCCGCCCAAAGAAGCAUUCCAUCCCGAGCAGUCAGCAACUCUCGGAGCAAAAAAGAUCCAAUUCUGCCACCCAAGGCCAUUUUGAAGGCUCCAGCUCUCAUUUCACGAACACUAAAUAGGAAGGAAGGAAGGAAGGAAGGAACGGAUGGACUGAUUCAUUUCAGCCCUGUGACACACACACAUACAUAGUAUACUAAAGUCAGAAUUUGAACGGUGCCAUAUGAACAGCGGUCCUCAUCGAGCAGCAAUUCUUUUCAAACAAACGUCUUUGAACAGCUCAUCUUCUAAGAAAGUGUAGGCCUAUAUUCUAAUCAUGGCUCCUGCUCAUGGACCGGAGAGCCGUGGGGAAAAAAUUUUUUUGCCCGAGACCCUUGGCAAGAACCCUGGCAAGUAGCCUACGAGCGUUGCGCUUAACUGGCCCUCUUGACUUGACUGGUUUUUCACCGCAUAGCCUCUUGUUUUUCAUGGGGAAAUGUCAAACAGCGUUUGUGGAGGAAUUUGGAGUUGUAAAAUGUCUAUGUCCAUUCAUCCGUGAUCUGCAGCGGGCUGUUGGAGCCUAUCGCAGCUGAAUUUGGGCAGAACAGGUUGCCGGCCUAUUGCAGGUCACACAUAGACAGACAGACAGACAGACAAACAAACAGUCACAAGCCCAACCAAGGGCAAUAUAUAUCGAGCGGUCAAUUCACCUAUCGUGCAUGUUUUUGGAAUGUGCAACGCAAUUGCCGACGCAACGCUUCUCAUUGUGAAAUAUACGUAUAGGUUUUAUAGAGGGUUAUUAUAUAGAGGGUCGGCGGUGAGCCGGAGUAUGUAGUAUUUAUCCGAGCCGACUCCAGGUAAGAUGGGAGGCGAGACACGGUACGUGCAAACAAACAUUCGUAGUUAGACAUUUAGAUGAGGACAACUCACUCUUCACUUGACCCGAGAAGCAUAUUUUGUCAUCCGUGCCGGAGUACCCGGGGAAAAGUAUGGCUUUUUCUGGAGCUCCGAUCAAAACUAAAUAUCAGAUGCACCGCAAGUCUUUCAUAAAUCGUCAACAAGGUUAUUUGAAAAUGGCUUGAGCUGGCUGUUGUGACAUACACAUUUGGACAGCAAUUAAAUGGCAAUACGAAACGGGAAAUAAUUGGAUGAAAAAAUGAAAUUUGACAUCCUCAAAGUACAAUGGGUGGCAGAGAUACGUAUAUUAUCCCAUGCUUUGAAGGCACCCGCUCUCCAAGAUUGUAUACAAACAAGCCGGACGGAACUUCAGAACUGUGUUUCUCCAUGUUCUGAUGAUCUGGCCGCCUGUUGCCGCCCGCGUGCAUGCAUGCCAUAGAGGUCAAAAAGGAACGAGAGGUUUUCUGAAAAGGAUGCAAAGUGGAUUUUCCACUGUCCCUGUAAUCAUCCCUAACCGGGUCAAGUACCCAUUGACUUGUCCCGUGCGCGUUGACGCUGUUUGUAUGCGGAGGCCGUGAGGCCCUCUUAAUCAAGGGUUACACGUCGCCAGUCAAUUUGGUGCUUGUGUUGGCACCUCAAGGCUUGGUUGACACACUUCAAUCCAGUUGAAAAAGCUGGCUGUAUCAUUGAAUGUCUCUUGGUCGCCAGUUAAGGUCAAAAUGAAACCUUUCUGAAACCUAUUUACAUGCCUGAAUGACACAGCUACCCAGGCGCGUGAUAGAAACCCGCAGCACACGUCGACGUCAUGACACCAACAGAAUACGUAUGUAUCCUAAAUGAUAGACGUAUGCACAGCACAUAUGGACGUCCGUGCAAUUAGUCUGUGUCUGUCAGCCGCUAGUUCAAUGGAACAAAUCACGCUAGCGUGAUUGGAAAACCACCCAUGUGCAAAUUCUGUGUUCAAACACCAGGCUGAAUUGAUUUGGUCAACAACUUGGCCGAGUUGUACAUGCUUUUGACCCAAUAAAGACAUUUGCUGAAACAGA